AUGCCCUGGUCGUUUACAGAAGUAGCACGGACCGAAUCGCCUCUUGGGGCGUGCCAGCGUAGUACCGUCCAGCUGCAUGGACUCCUCUACCUGGUGUGCCCCCUGUCCCCCCUCUGCUACCAUACUUCUGCCCUGUUCUGCCAGCUCUCUCUCUCGCGCGUUCCCGAACCCGGUUAUCGAUCCGGAUCCGUAGAAAUUAACGAGCCUAAAUCCCCUGGCGGCUCUAAAGUGGCCAGAGCGUCCCUGACGGGGUCUGACAAGGCGCCUGUGCUAAUUCAUUUUGAUGCAAAAAACAAUAACAAAUACAAGUGUAUAUUUCAAGGAGAAGAAGACUCUAAUAGUUUCUAUGAAGAAGGAGAUGUAGUAUUGGGAGGUCUAUUCCCACUGCAUGCUAAUCAGAUAUCAGCUUCACAAUCUUAUGAGAAGAGACCUCGGGCACCGAGUUACAAAUAUUUUAGUGUUAGAGCCCUACAAUGGAUGCAAACAAUGUCUUUUGCUGUCUGGGAAAUAAAUCAACGCCCUGAACUACUUCCGUUUCUUAAACUGGGAUAUCAUAUUCGAGACAGUUGUGAUGACAUUCCAGCUUCAUUGCGAAGUUCUCUCAUUCUUGUGAAUGGGCAGCCUGAACAGAACACAAACUACAGCUGUGCAGGGCAGCGCAGACAAGUUUCACCUGUUUUAAUUGGAGAUGCAGCUUCAGGAGUGACAAUGUCCCUUCUAAAAACAUUAGGGUCCUUUCAGAUUCCAAUGGUGAGCUACUUUGCCUCUUGCAGUUGUCUUAGCAAUCGAAAAGAGUUCCCUACAUUCAUGAGGACAAUGCCAAGUGACUCCUUCCAGAUAAAGGCUAUCGCUAAACUUAUCAAGCAUUUCAACUGGACAUGGGUGGGGGUGAUAGGGGCAGAUUCUGACUAUGCUCGCUUUGCUGUACAACUUUUCCUGGAGGAAUCUGCCAGAAUUGGUGUGUGUGCAGCUUAUGUUCACUUCUAUCCCCAAUCCAUGCCAAAGGACUCCGUCACCAAGCUGAUACACAAUAUUAAAAGCUCUUCAGCUAAGGUGAUCCUGAGUUUUUCUGGGGAGCCAGAGUUGCACACAAUUUUAAGAGAGUGGAAACGUCAAAAUGUCACAAGGGUGCAGUGGAUAGCAAGUGAAGCUUGGUCUACAGGCAAUUCUCUGUGGAAUGAUUUUCAUGAUCUAUUAAUCGGAACAUUGGGGUUUGGGAUACGCAGGGCUGAAAUCCCGGGCCUGAAAUCUUUUCUGACCAGGUUGAAAUCCUCAGAUGCACUUGGGUCUGCUCUCCUCGCAGAGUUUUGGGAGGAAACAUUUGACUGUAAACUGAACAGGUCCUUAAACACACAUGUACACGGCAAUAAAAGUGCCACCCUCAGUAGAAAGGCGUGCACUGGGCUGGAGAACCUGGAAGAUGUGCACUCAGUAUAUUCAGAUGUUUCCCAGCUCAGAGUGUCCUACAAUGUGUACAAGGCUGUGUACCUUAUUGCACAUUCACUGCACAACAUGAGAACCUGUGUAAAAGGAAAUGGUCCAUUUGGCAAUGGGGAAUGUGCUGACCCUAAAGACUUCCUCCCAUGGCAGCUUUUUCACUACAUGAAACAGACCAGGUUCACAAUACUCGGAGAGGAGGUCCGCUUCAAUGAAAACGGGGAUCCGAUUGCAUCAUAUGACCUUGUCAACUGGCACCAGGGCCAUGAUGGCUCACUACAGUUGGUGAAGGUGGGGUUCUAUGAUGCCUCACUGGGAGAGAAGGACCUGUUCAUAAAUGAAUCAGCUAUUCAGUUUCAAGGAGGCCAACAGGCAACACUAUCAAUGUGCAGUGAAAGCUGCCUACCAGGUUCCAGGAAGGCCACUCGCAAGGGACAGCCAAUCUGCUGCUAUGACUGUAUACCUUGUGCUGAAGGGGAGAUCAGCAAUGAAAUUGAUUCUGUAGAGUGCAUAAGAUGCUCUGUGGAGACUUGGCCCAACCAAGGCAGAGAUGAGUGUAUUCCUAAAGUCAUAGAAUUCCUGUCCUAUCAUGAAUCAAUGGGAUUUAUUCUCUGUGUUGUCGCAGCUGUUGGAACCUGUACCACUACUAUGGUCUCUGGGGUGCUUGUUGCCCACAGAAAAACUCCGGUAAUCCGUGGCAACAACAUGGAACUGAGCUUUCUAUUGCUACUAUUCUUGGGUAUUUGCUUCUUGAUUGGGUUGACAUUUAUCGGUGAGCCCACAGACUGGUUCUGUAUGAUCCGAUACACUGCUUUUGGAAUCAGCUUUGCUCUCUGCAUCUCUUGCAUUCUUGCUAAAACUGUGGUGGUCUUGAUGGCUUUCAGGGCCACACUUCCUGGCAGCAAUGUCAUGAGGUUGUUUGGGCCAAUCCACCAGAGAGCCAGUGUUCUCCUGUGCACCUCUGUGCAGGUUGUUAUCUGCCUGGUUUGGCUAACCACAAAACCACCCUUUGCUGCCUACAAUACCAAAUACCAGACUGCUAAGAUCAUUGUAGAGUGUGCUGUGGGAUCAGAGGUGGGAUUCUGGUGUGUGCUUGGUUAUAUUGGGUUCUUAGCAUGCUUAUGUUUUGUCAUAGCAUUUCUCGGCAGGAAACUGCCCGACAAUUUCAAUGAAGCAAAGUUCAUCACUUUCAGCAUGCUGAUAUUUUUUGCUGUUUGGAUCACCUUCAUCCCUGUAUAUGUGAGUACAUCAGGAAAGUACACUGUAGCUGUCCACAUCUUUGCCAUCCUCGCCUCUACUUUUGGCCUCUUGAUCUGUAUAUUUGCCCCAAAGGUCUACAUUGUCCUAUUGAGACCUGAGAAAAACACCAAAAAACACAUGAUGAUGAAAAAGUAA